UUCUUCCUAACAAAAGGCCAUUGGAUUUCAAUGUAAUGACGUCAGCGCAGACGUACGACGUCGCGACGCCUACGCCUGAUAUACGGGUCACUAGAAUUCGAUAAUCGUGUAGAUUUAUUUAUAAUUAUUGUAAAAAAACGAGUUUUUGUCAAAUAAGAUGUCAAUUGGAUGACAUCGGAAUAAACGUGCAACAUCUUUAAUGCAUUAAACAAUAAUGAAGUUAACAGUAAGGAGAUAUGGAACAAUCUUAGCAAUACAGACGCUCUUGUUAAUAGUCGAUCUUAGUAUAAACACGUUUUCAAUUUUAAUUAGAAAGCAUAACGCAUUAAUGUUGAUUAUGUUCAUAAUUCAAGAUGUGUGUCUCAUUUUAGCUUUAGCUGCACUUCUUCUCACCUUUUUUUCGACGUAUGUCUUCCAGGCUGGCCUAGUGGAAAUGUUAUAUGAUCGUUUUCGUUUGUCUAUUAUCAUAUGCAUGUUUUAUUUUAUUUUAACUACAAUAUUACAUAUUUGGACACUUUCUGUUCGAUGGAAAGAUCCCACAAAGCAUAACUGGUCAUCAGGAUUAUACGUCAUGUACAUACUACAAAGACUAAUGUCACCGUAUUACUAUUAUUAUUACAAAAGAGCAUCGUUAAGAAUAAGCGAUCCCGGUUUUUAUGAAGAUGUCCAAUGGGUCCAGGGCUUACACAAUAGUCAAAUUGUGCAAAACACCAGUAUAUAACUACCAUUUGACAAUGUAUUAAAUGGACGUGUUAAUUGACUGGUAGAAAGAAAACGAGGAUUAAAAACGAUUUCCUUUUUUAAUUAAUACCAUUUUUA